AUGACGCAAUAUGCUAUCAAGAACUCCAUCCACUUGCGUUUCAUAUUUUCAUUAGCGUCUACAGGUACAGCCUCACUUAGCGUCUGUCUCAACAUAAACACGCUGUAUCCAGGAGGACGCAACAACAACGCCCUCUUCAGCCAUCAGUGGGACGCAGGCCACCUGAUGGACUGGUCAACUACCAGUACCACAGUGGUGCAGUCCAAUCAACAGGUGUCCGCUGUCCUUUCUUUACCUCAGCCGGUGUCCGUUUCCAAUAAGCCAAAGAAUACUACCACCCCGCCUGUAGUGAGUCGACCUACAAGAACAACAAGAACAAUGACGAAAACUGUGAUACCAAGCCCAAGUACAGGCAGCCCAGACAUACAGGUGCUGCGGGAAAUGAGAACGCCGCCCCAGUCUCAGGCUUCUUCUGCAAAGGCACCUGCUACUAAUGCCACUCCUGCAAAUACUACAGUGACCGGCAGUGAGAACAACAAGAAUUUCCCCAUGUUGAGUGUCAGUGCCAGGCCAAAGAAUACUGUGCCACCAGCUGUUUUCAUGGCACAGAGGAAAGAACUUGAUGCAAAGGUCAAGUCUGUGCUGGUUAAAACGCCCCAGGAAUUCGUGGAGUGGCUCCUGGGCGAGGGGCUAAUCCGGACCUCGCAGUUCUGCCCCACGCACAAGCAGUCCAACCAGGCACCUGUGAAGCUCAAGUUGGGGAUGUUCUCAGACCCCAAGGUACUAACAGUCAGCGGAGGUUAUGUGUGGCUCAGCGAGUGCUGUGGGAAGAAGUAUGUGUCAGUGUUCAGCGGCUCCCUCUUUGGCUCCACCCCCAUCGACAAGGUUCCUCCUACUUCGUUGUUGAAGCUUAUUUACCACUGGUCGUGCCAGACUUCCAUAGCCAAUGUAGAAACUUGGGUCAAGGUUGACAGAAACUUCAUCAACAAGAUGUACCAGUAUAUGAGAUGUAUUUGCUCCGUCAUGCUCCAAGAUAAGGUGUAUGACUUUGGCUUUGAUGGAACUACAGUGGAAUUGGGCAUUGUAAGCCUUGGCACAAGUACAGCUGACGGCACAAAGAAGGCUGUGAAGGUCGAGAUCCUAGGCCUCUAUGAUCGUAAAAUGAAAUCUUAUCGGUUAUUUGCGUCAGAACCUGAGCCAGGAAGUUCAUCUCGGCAGAGAUUUAUUCGCAUUUUGAAGCCCAUGGAGCGUGUCGUCCAUGCCAAUGCAAUUAUUUUGUGUGAUCUUUCUGUUGAUAGGAACUGUCUAUACAACAUGAAUUAUGCAAAGGUGAGCGUAUGUGAAACCAGUGAUAAUGAAGAUAACCUCCACUCAAAUGCUAGGAUCAUGUCUUACCUAAGACGGCAUGUUCCUAAAAUGUUCCAGAGCACACUAUCACAGCUUACCCUUCAACAAGUACAAGUGGUAUUGGAUGAGCUGUGUUGGCGUGAACGGUAUGGGCAUAGUGCUGCUCAAGCAUAUAACAACAUGAUGGAACAUAUUACGUACCUCACUGCAAAGGAAGCAGAAAACCCUGGUGUGCUGUACCUCCUGGACUUUGUGUCGCAGAAUCCUCUCAACAACUGGCGGUACAAGAGCCAGCAUUUCCCAAGGAAUCCCACCGCCCUUCAGCCCUCAGUCAUCAUGACCAGCCCAGGACCCAGUGCCAUCACUCCACAGAUCAGUGUGGAACCGUUGCAUGCAGCUCAGUCUCCGGUAGAACACAGUAAUAAAGUUACUCUGGCACCAAGAAAGACACAAAGCAUUCCAGCAGAAUUACCAAAGAAAGUUCCGAAGCCUGUCAGUGCAUCAGUUGCCAACUCGCCUGAUGCAGUUGAGUUGGAGCCAUUUUAUUAUGGCCAAAUUCAGGGAGACAAAUCACUUGGACAGGAAGUUAAUACGUACACAUACACCUGCCAUAUCUGUCAGAAAGACUACAAGAGCAAUCUAGCCUUCUAUGCUCAUCUCAAACUUCACCUCAAUCGUGUUGAUCCAGAUAACAAGUUUUGUUGCAACUACUGUACUCAAUAUUUUGAUUCAGAGAAGAAACGAGAUUACCAUCACAAAUAUUUUCACCUGCAGAUGGACAAUCGUUACACGUGGUGUCGCAUCUGCACAGAGAGCUUCCAGGGAGAGUACCAGCUGGUAAACCACAUGGCCAAGAAGCAUUACGAGAGUGAACUGCCUUACCGGUGUGAAGUCUGUAACUUUGCCACGUCUAUUUACUACAGUGUUAUUGACCAUUUCAAAAAGGAACACGAGAAUACACCCUACGUCCAAUGCCACUACUGUCUCUCAGUUAAGACCAUCAAUUCAGCAUCAGCAACCUCAUUCUCCCACAGGAUGUACCAGCAUUUACAGAAACAUGCAUCACAACAAGGAAACUGUAGAUUCUGUUGUCUAACGUUCUAUAGUAAAUACUUGUUAGACGAACACAAGAAGAAGGAUCAUGUUAGUCGGGCACAUGUAACUGGUUUACAAAGGUAUAAAGUCCCUCAAGGUGCCAACAAAAUUCUUUUCCGUCCAUGCGUGAAACGUGGACAGCCACGCCCAAGUACUGAUAACUCUCUUGGCAGCCAAACCCCAUCAAAUAUCGUUGCAAUCUCCUCAACUCAGCAAUACCUGGAUAAUGUAACUGUCAACACUGGAGACGAUGACAAAACAUACUACUGCAUUGAGUGUGAUGCGAGCCUUACAUUAGAACACCAUUUCAAGGCUUAUCAGAAGUGCACCAAGUGUACUUAUGCUACUUGUUGCCGAAGUAUGAUAAGUAAACAUGCUCACGUGUUUCAUCCAAUGGGAAGGACUAGGAGAACUUACUAUAAUUUAGGCCCACCAGUUGUUCUUCCUAAGCCACUGUAUUGUAUUUGUGGCUUUAACACACGAAGUGGGAAUCAUCUCGCUCGACAUUUGGCGCUCUGCGAUGGGGGCAGGAAGUCUGCGUACCCCUCUGUGAUGGAUGCCAUGGUGUACCGGGGCGACCACUUAACCGGAGGAGCCGUAUCCUUGGCUAACUUGGGUCUCAGCGGCCUGGCCCUGAGUGGCAUGCUGUCCCCAGACCUGCUUCCCCAAGCCUCUGAUGAGCCAGGCACCGAGACCUCCUUAGACAUGACGCAUUUCAUGAGCAUGAGCAUGGAGGUUGAUGACGAAUGAUGAUCACCCCCUGGACUAUCUGUGAGCUCGCCAGGUUAGAGAAGUUUGUUAGUGACAAGUAUUUGCUUUUGCUUUUUCUGGAAUUUUUGGACCAGUUUUAUUCAUAUCAUUUGUUUAUUUAUUUAUUUUAUUUUUAAUGAUUGAAUAAAAAGGUCAUUGCCUUGACUCUAAUAGGGCAUUGCCACACCUGGAAAUUCUAAAGUGGCAUUGGCUACCAUUUGCAAAAAAUAAUGAUUAGUGAAGACCUUUGUUAGAUGUGUAUGCUCAUCUUUACUAGUUAUUUUGUUAUUAAUUAUAAUGAUGUAUCUCUUUUGGAAGUCAUAAAAGAGAACUAUUUGACUGAGUGAUGCUUUGUAUGUAUUUAUUUUUUUGUUGAAGUUUAUAUCGUUUUAUAUAUAUACAUAUUUCUUGUUCCUUUUUUUUAUUGCUCUACAAAUUUGCACAAAAAUACAUUAUGAUUGAGAAUUAACACAAUGAGAUCUCUAGUUUUCUUAUUUUCUUCGUAAGUCUAGUAGUCAGAAUUUGUUUUCUAUGUGAUAUUUUAAUGUGAUAGGGAUUUUUUUCUUCUUCUGCCCAUAUCUAGAAGAAGAAAACAAAAUGGGCAGUAGGAUGAGGAGGUUUGCACAAAUUUUGUAUUGUUUUUACUUAGAGAAUGCUACUCAAUGGGGGUCUUGUAGGAAGUGUUUAAAAGGUUGGGACAGGGGUGGGGGGGAAGGCCUGUGGAUCAAAAGUGGGAUCCAGUUUGGCCGAGCAUGUAAAACCUGCUGGAAAAGAAGUGCGUUUAGUGAGUAAUUCAAAAAGGAUUGUAGAAAGAGCCAUUUUUGUUUUAAAUGGUGAAGUGCAAUAAUUUGUUCGUUUUCCUGUGGAAAAUUAUGCAUAGCUACCAAUCAGUGAAUUGGAAAUGAUCUAAAAUGAAAAUUACACAGACUUCAGGUUAAAGUUGAAAACUCUCUAUUCUGUAUCAGGUCUUGUACUGAAGAUGAAACCAAAUCAAAAAGGCAAAUAACUUUGGUUUGUCAUGAUUUUCAGAGGACUUACUCUCUUGCCCAUGAAUGAACGGUUCAUUUUUCUUUUUACAGUUUAAAUUAAAGCUGAUAAUGAGUACCUUGCUUGUUAUUGCCUUUUUCUGGAAUGGGCUAUGUAUUGGAAUAUACACUCAAAAUUUCUUUUUGAUGAUAGUGAAGGUUAGCAAGUUUACAAAGAAACUGUUAUUAAAAGAGAGAGAGAGAGAGAGAAAAAAAAAGGAGUUCAGGAAGUAUACAAUGAAAGUUACAGUAAUAAUUAAAAGGAUUACAGCAUUUUCUUCUUCUUUUUCUUCUUCUUCUUCUUUUUCUUCUUCUUCUUCUUCUUCUUCUUCUUCUUCUUCUUUUUCUUCUUCUUUUUCUUCUUCUUCUUCUGUUAUUGCCUCCUUGUGAGAGAGUCCAACUUCUUUAACACUGUUGACCUGUUAAUAAGAUGGUUGUGGUUAAGUCUUUCGUAGACAAUUUUUCUGAUGUCAGUUAUUACAAUUCUAAGAAAGACGUUCUUAUGUUUCAUUUGCCAUUUGAUUUCUGACUUUUUUAUAUUACUUCAUAGUAGAAAAAAGUAUACUCAUAUAACAUACAUGCUACCAAACAUUGGGAGUUGCAUGCUGUUGAAUGUAGUCAGCCUAAGACAUUAGUUAGACUAUGCUCAUGAGACCAGAUGAGAAAAAUACAUUGUUUCUUAGUUUUCAGGUUUUUAUUAUAUUCUCAAAUUUUAUAUGAUUUAGGUAAUGUAGGAAAAAAAGAAAACAGGUACAUGGUAUAAGUAAAUAAAGGUGUGUUUUUUUUGUUUUUUUUCUCCCAAUACCAAUAGACAAAAAGUUCCUUGGUUUUAAGCAGCAUUUAAAAUCCCAAGAACCAUAUCAUAUGUUAACCCAUUGCCGCCGGGGAUGGCAUGUACGUACAUGCCAUGCCCGCUGUGAGUCGACUUGUUCAAUUGUUUUUACACAUAGAUGGCUGCACUUGUACUAAGUAUCCAAUGAGCCAAUUACGAGUACUGCCUGUCUCACCCGUUCACCCUUUUCAUCGAUUUACGAAAAUAUUUAACGUUAUCCUAAUUUGCUGUUAAGAAUAACACCAUCUAUAUUUAUAGCACUAGUAAGAAUACGUUUUUUCCUGCCAAUUCAAGGAAAGGUGAAAUCAGGACUAGCAGAGCCUUCUAUGGACAGAGAUAUUUCACAAAAAUAUAAAAAAUGAGUACUGCAUUUCCCCCAUUUUUUGUUCAUUUUCUCCGGCGGCAAUGGGUUAAGAUAUAUGCUUGGUAAAAAUUCAUCACAAUUAGCAUUAGAAGAAACUUCCUAUCAGUAUUCAAGUGUAACUGUGUUCAGGUGUUUAAUAAUAGGAAGUUCCUUAUUAUUAACAAAAAAGAGUCAUUGUUUGUCCAUGUAUGUAAUUAGAAACAUCACAGAUUUUUUUCCACAAUUUUUUUUGCAGUUUUAAGCAGUGCUUAAAAAUAAGGGAAAAUUUCCUCUUUUCCCCAUCAUUCUCAUUUAGUUUGGUGUAUUUAAAGAAAAGAUAACAGAAUAUGUAAAGAGUAUCA